AUGUCAGUGUCUGGUUACAAGAUCUGCAAUGUCAAGAGACGGCAGGACAACAAUCAAUCAAUGAAUCUCUUCACAUCAGGUCAGGGAGUUCCGUGCGGGCAGUUCACUUGUGCGGAGUUUGCAGGAUGUACUAACGGAGAAUGUAUCUGUUCGGCGGGCUACGUCGGUUCUGGUCGAUUUCUUUGUGUGCCGGUUGGUCAGUGCGGCUGCGUCAGCUUCGGCGAUCCCCACACACGACAAUUCGACAAUGGGAGAACGCGCACCGUACUUCCGUGUCAGUUUAACCUGGCUGGGUUUAUUUCCGCCACCGGAUGUGACAUACAAGUAGAGACUGUCACCAAGCUCCGUAACAACCCCCAGUUCCCCUUCCGCAUCUUCAACAGGGAGCUCCUAGUCACCGCCUCCAGGGACAACACUGUAGUGACCUUCACCCUGGGGCCAGGAGGUCAGUCCACGCCUGUUGUAGCUGCUAUACCCGGCGUCCUGGACGCCAUACCUGGACUCCUAGACAUCGUAGUGACGUCUUCCCAGUUCAACGGUUUCUACCGAGCUACGCUUACACCAUGUGACACCGUCAUCGCCUUCGACCCGUCCCUAAUGGCAGCAACGGUGUCGACCGUACCCACCACCAUCUUUACAAACGAAGGGUUCUGCGCCAACUGCGACGGCAAUCCGACUAACGACAACGCAUUUCUCGCUGUACCUGGUGUAACGCAAGCUGAAGCUGACUUUGGGCUAAGUCUGAGACAACUUACCAACAAUCAGGGAACCCCAGACGGUGUGGAAUGCACUAAUCUGAGACUCAUUGCAAACACGACGGCCUGUAUGGUGGACGCCUUCCUCGUCAACGCCAUCAGAUGUUGCAGCGUCUACUACGACUCCACAUAUGCCGGCUGCCUCCUCACCAACGCCGUCAGCCCGCUGACUCGGGCCCAGCUGCUGGGAACCUUCAAGAACUGCAUGCUGCAAUACUGCCUCAACAACAUCCCUGCAGCAGCAGGAAUUCCAGCGGCCUUCGUCCCCACUGGCUGUACCCUUCCCGUUGGAUAUGUUUGUCCAUCUUAAAACACAGCUACGGAUAAGACGAAUACUGAGGAACUAAUGGCACCAGCAAUAUCUCCUUCCUCUUUUAACCUACAUUCUCGAACCGCUGGAUAUAUCUGCCGCCUUAAAUGUCAGCUACGGAUAGGACGAACGUUUAUAUUAGCAUUUUUAUUAAUUACGUUUGAUAUCACAAAUACGGAUAAGACGAAUACUAAAGGACAUUAUCGACGUCCUUUUUAACCAUUUAAAAAUGUUUGGAUAUGUCUGCCCGCCUUAAAUCACAAAUACGGAUAUGACGAAUACUGAAGGACAUUAUCGACGUCAUUUUUAACCAUUUAAAAAUGUUUGGAUAUGUCUGCCCUACCGAUAUCGCAGCUACGGAUAAGACGCAGCGCAAGGGGCAUAUAUUUUAGUACAACCGACAUUCGCUUUUAACGCUUCAUAUAAUAGGUAUUGGCUAGACCAGAACUUUGAUUAUUGGGAAUAAAUUUGAAUUAUUAUAAAUUCAAAAUAUGAACCUGAAAUAAUAUGGGUAUGAGAUUUAAAGCGAUAUAAUGAACUUUCAAAGCUGAACUUUUCUAC